AUGAGGGGCCUGGGACACAUCUUCACGUCCCUGUCCCUGUUGGCAGUGGCUUCUGUGGGACUUGGCCAAUCUUCCUCCAAUGCUAAUACAUUAGAGAAACGAACAGUUGAGCCUUGCAAACAAGUGGCCGACGCAUAUGAGAAACAGUUCGCUGAGGAUGCCAACGGUCCAUUCUUUAUAUCUGCAAAGCUCGCCCAUGACUGCUUGGUAACCGUCCCGAUCAAUAGAGGCGAUGCUCGUCGAUUAGUGGAUGGCCUGACUUCGUUCUGGAAAUGGCAAAGCACGAUAGACUUCCUCAAGGAACCCCCGACUGGCUAUCUGCUACCGGCGUCAGACCUAGUUGGUGAGCUGGCAAAGAUCCGUAAUAAGGUUUCUAAGGGCAAGUACAAGAAUGAAUUCGAGUUCCAAAGUGAGUUGGCUGCUCUGGCAAGGACGACACAUGAUGGCCACUUCAACUUGCAACUCGACGCCGCCAGCGUUUUCCGAUUCCGCCGCAGCAGGGCUGGACCUCUUGUCUCGGCCUCGAACGAUGGAAAGAGUCUCCCGAAAAUCUACUCUUACUUCGACCUCAACACUACUGAUCCCAAAUUCACUCCUUCUCCGAUUAAAGAGAUCGAUGGCCAAGAUGCUGUUGAAUGGCUGAAAAAACUGUCCCUCGAGGGCUCAACCCAAGAUCCUGACGCGCUCUACAAUGAUCUUUUCUGGAACAUCCCAACCGAUACCAAUGGAGGAUAUGGCGGAUUCUAUGGCCAAUCUGGCGUCUACACAGGGCCCACUGUCACCUUCAAAUUCGAAAAUGGCACUGUCACCGAGUAUGAGAACAGGGCAUCGUUUACCGUUCCGUUUACCGAUGUCGUGGAUGGAGAGAGCUUCUACAAGAAAUUCUGCAGCUCUAAACUUGGACUGCCAUUCAAAAAGUCGAAGAGAGAAGAUACUUGGAAGGCCGCCCCCAUCACCCCGGAAGUGGCGCCCCGCGCUUCCGAAAACCCGCGACCCCUUUAUCCCGAUCCAGUUGUCGAUAAGGCGGGUGGGGAUCUUGCAGGCUACUUCCUUGACGGCGAAUACGGCGACGUCGCUGUUUUGUCCGCCUCUUCCUUCGAAGGACAAGGUGCCAGCGGAAGUAUUGCAUUCCAAGAUACUAUUGAAAAGUUCCUGUCUGAAUGCAAGAAGGCGGGAAAGAAGAAGCUGAUUGUUGACGUUACCGGCAACGGAGGUGGAACGAUUCUACUGGGCUAUGAUAUGUUCAAACAGCUCAUUCCAAACGGCAAAAUAGACGAUGCGUUUAAUAUCCGCGCUCACGAACAGCUUGACAUCAUUGGAACCAAGGUCCAAGCCAUGCUCAACGACGGGAAGGAGACCUCCGGCGACAGGAAUGAGAGGGAUGGCAUUUACGACCUUGAUUCCUACGUUGAUAUUGAAAACAAAAAGUUUGAAUCCUGGGAUGAUUUUUACGGCCCUGACGAAGUGGAGGGUGGGUAUAAAUUCAGCCAUCCGGCACGCUGGGACAUGAACAACGAAGACACUAGCCGAAGAGGGUCAGGUGGAAUUGUUGUAACUGGUUAUUUGGACCGCGCCAACGCGGGUAGGGAAGUUUUCAAACCGGAUGACAUGGUCCUCCUCACUGAUGGCACUUGUGGAUCAACCUGCGCCCUAUUCGCCAACCUGAUGCAGAGGGCUGGCGUUAGAACCAUUGCUGUUGGCGGACGUCCCCGCGAGGGACCUAUGCAAGCUGUUGGUGGUGUUAAAGGCGCUCAAGUCCUUACCUACCAGCGAAUCUACGAGACGAUUUCAAUGGUCUUUGAGCUCUACGCCUAUCCCCAGGAAAGGCGCAAAUGGGCGAGUUCUGAUUUGGGCGAAAUUUACCGAACCGGGAAAUAUAUCUUGGCCCGAACUGUGCAAGAUGGCCAGGGUGCCCGCGUCAAUUACCGCAACGCUGUUGAUCCCAAGGACGAGAAGCGAGUUCCCCUCCAGUUCGUCUACGAGGCCGCCGGUUGCCGGAUCUGGCAGACGCGCGAUAUGGUCCUUGAUAUGACCAAGCUGUGGAUUGCUGCCGCCGAUAGAGCCUUCCGUGGAGGAGCAUGUAUUCCUGGAUCGACCCCGAAGCCUUCGAAACACAAGGAUGAUGGUCUCCUCUUCCGUCCGUUCUCCACUGGAUUCUAA